AUGUCAGAGGCCUGUUGGUCCACGGUCGCCCAAAUCAUUUUGGCCAAUCAGAACACUGAUCUUGAAUCAGGGGAGAGGAUAGGCUAUAGUGAAGAACAUGUCUGGUGCAGCAGCGAUGUUCGUGUUCUUAUUGCCGGGGAUUCCAAUGUCCAUCGUUUGAAGUCUGCAUGUCCUCCAAAUGCAAGGAUUGACUUUCUGCCCGUAUCUGGUGCAAAGUAUGUGUCUGACCGGAAGGGCUUUAGAAAGCUGCUGCAUCAAGAGCUGAUGUCAGGUUGUUACGACAUAUUGUACCUGCAUCUUGGCUCUAACGAUGUUUGCUGCAAGGAUAGCAAUUUCUACCGGUGUGCCAGCUGGGGGCUCCUGGAUCACCUUGAUCGUUUUCACUACAUGCUCACUCUCAGUGAAGUGGCGCUCCAGGUUUGCGUCCGUCAGGAUGGCCGCACUCUCCUCUACCCUCCGAACAACCUCGCGACAGCUCUUAUCCAGGCAGGUUGA